AUGGCUAAAGACCAAUUGGAGGUGUUAAAUGCACUUGAUGUGGCCAAAACACAAUGGUAUCAUUUCACAGCAAUUGUGAUUGCUGGCAUGGGCUUCUUCACUGAUGCAUAUGAUCUGUUCUGCAUAUCUCUUGUCACUAAAUUACUGGGUCGCAUAUACUACCAACAACAUGGUUCUGCUAAUCCUGGAAGUCUGCCUUCAAAUGUCUCGGCUGCUGUUAAUGGUGUGGCCUUCUGUGGCACACUUUCAGGCCAACUCUUCUUUGGUUGGCUCGGUGACAAAUUAGGGCGAAAACGCGUCUAUGGAAUGGUCCUUAUGGUCAUGGUUUUAUGCUCCAUUGCCUCCGGCCUUUCAUUUGGGAAACAACCUAAGGCUGUUAUUUCGACAUUGUGCUUCUUCAGGUUCUGGCUAGGCUUUGGCAUCGGUGGUGACUACCCUCUUUCUGCUACUAUCAUGUCCGAGUAUGCAAAUAAAAAGACUCGUGGUGCCUUCAUUGCUGCUGUGUUUGCAAUGCAAGGUUUCGGGAUCUUGGCUGGUGGAAUGGUUGCGAUAAUUGUAUCUGCAGUUUUCAAGGAGCUAUAUCCUGCUCCAUCUUUUGCAGCUGAUCCAGCUGCCUCUAUUUUCCCACAAGCAGAUUAUGCAUGGCGAAUAAUUCUGAUGUUUGGUGCAAUCCCAGCUUUGCUUACAUACUACUGGCGAGCCAAAAUGCCCGAAACUGCACGGUACACUGCCUUGGUUGCCAAGAAUGCUAAGCAAGCGGCAGCUGACAUGUCAAAAGUUUUGCAGGUUGACGUAGAAGCAGAACCAGUGAAAACGGAAGAACGCUCCCAACCUGGAAGAAAUGAUUUUGGUUUAUUUUCAAAGGCUUUCCUUCGCCGUCAUGGUCUUCACUUGCUUGGGACUACAAGCACAUGGUUCUUGCUAGACAUCGCCUUCUACAGUCAGAAUCUGUUCCAAAAAGACAUCUUCAGUGCCAUUGGUUGGAUCCCUAAGGCAAACACUAUGAGUGCUAUGGAAGAAGUCUUCAGAAUUUCCAGAGCACAGACUCUUAUUGCUCUCUGCAGCACAGUUCCAGGGUAUUGGUUCACAGUGGCAUUCAUAGAUAAGAUUGGGAGGUUCACAAUUCAAUUGAUGGGAUUUUUCUUCAUGACGGUUUUCAUGUUUGCCUUAGCUAUUCCUUAUCAUCACUGGACUCUGAAAGCUAACCGAAUUGGUUUUGUUGUUAUGUACUCAUUGACCUUCUUUUUCGCCAAUUUCGGACCAAAUGCCACUACUUUUGUAGUGCCUGCAGAGAUUUUCCCCGCGAGGCUAAGAUCAACUUGCCAUGGCAUAUCAGCUGCAGCGGGGAAGGCUGGGGCAAUUGUUGGAGCAUUUGGUUUCCAGUAUGCAGAAAAGGUUAUUGGGGUGAAGAACACCCUCAUAAUUUUGGGUGUGGUCAACUUUUUGGGGUUGUUGUUUACUUUCUUGGUGCCGGAGUCAAAGGGAAAAUCAUUGGAAGAAAUGUCCGGGGAAGGAGAAGAAGAAAAUGGAACUGAAACACAAUCUAGUCAGCAGGCCUGA